GCACACUUUAAUCGCAUAAUUUAUGUGUUUCAGCUUCAAUGGUUGGUCGAGAAGCGAAGCAGCAUGAUGUUACCAAAUAUUGAUAAACAAGCAAAUGCCACAAAUUGAACCACCAUUGCCAACCACAUAGACCCCCGUACCCAACACAACAUUGGCAGCAGGCAAUAAUAAAACCAAUAACAUUCACAACAUACGCAUGGUGGUUGAAGGCAGGAUAACAGGAGGUGGGACCCCCAAUAGCACAAAAGACUAUGCAUCGUGCAUUGCCGUUCGAUGUUAGAAGUCCUAACAUCACUCCCAAAGCAACUCUUAACAAGGCGGAUGGGGUAUUUGGUCUCGACACAUCUCCAGAAGAAGCAAAGCAUAGGCAAUUAUUUCCACACCGCUUAAGCAACAUGAUCAAGGACAACAGUUCAAACAACUAAUGGAAAUAAUGGCAACAAUAGUAGCAACAAUAAAACUUAACAAGUAGUUUGGAGGAGAAGGAAAAAACAAAAAAUUGCCAAAAUAUAGUCCUUUGAUUUUGGGCACAUACACGCACACACACACCCGCAAAAUCAUUGCUCAGCUUAAUAGACUGUUGUUCGCAGAGUCUAGAAAUCCCUCAAACAGUCAUAUGGACCAAAGAACAGUGGGGAUACUUUACAAGCAGCACUCCUCUAAAUGGAGGUGCAACUACUCGUCAUAUUAACACCACAAAUAGGCUAAGCUACAUCAAUGUAGGUCCAAAGCGAAAGGCUACAUACCAGCUUGGAGAGCAACAAAAGCCCACUCAGCAUUCUCUGCGGCAUCAAGGCACACACACACUGUGUCCCUUUGUCUGGCUGUAUAAGAGGCUGCUAUGCCAUCGAACAUAUACCGCGCCUGAAUUGAAAACCACUUCAUCACAGAUCUAAAUUUUAGGAGAAGAUAUUUCACAUACACACCCUCCAGCACCAUGAAUGCCAAUAUGAUACGUUGCAAAAAUUGGUUUUGUGCCCGCAAUAACAACAAUGACUACACCGAGGUAUUGUUUGGUGAUUCCAAUAAGACCGCAACAUCAAGCGCACAGCAGCAACAUGCGACAGUAACAGGAACGACGACAACGGCAGGAUCUGCAACAACCACACCUCCGACAGCAACACCUGAAAUUGGAAUGAUGAGGCAACAUCAUCAACCUGUCAAUGGCAAAAUAUCAACAGGAAGCGGAAAUAUGGCCGCCAAUCAUCAUCAUCAUCACACAUCGGCAAUGUCGUCAGCUCAAGCCUCAUCCAGCCAUGUGGGUAAUGCUGUAGGCCCUCACACAGCUGCAGGUGCAUCAGCAACAGCUGGUGGCGGUGGCUCACAUGUUGUUACAUUUCUCGAUGAUGUGCCCAGUGGCAGCAAUGGCGUUGUCAAUACCACCACCCGUCUCAUGAACCACACCGAUCUCCAUCAGCAGGCGACAUCAUCGCAUGACCAUCAUCAAAUGUCCGAUGAUUUGGAUGGCCUCGAUGAUGACUUCAUUGCCAGUCAAGUUGUCAGUUCAUCACUGCUGUGUGACGAUACAUUGCCGGGAUCGAAAAAUUGUUACCGUUUAGUGAUACUAGGAUCUUCACGUGCCGGCAAAUCAUCGAUAGUGGCACGUUUUCUGGGCAAUCGUUUCGAAGAAGCCUAUACGCCAACCAUUGAGGAUUUCCAUCGUAAAUUGUAUCGUAUACGCAAUGAAGUUUAUCAAUUAGAUAUUCUGGACACAUCCGGCUACCAUCCCUUUCCGGCAAUGCGACGUUUAUCCUUUCUAACGGGUGAUCUCUUCAUUUUGGUCUUCAGCAUGGAUUCACGAGAAUCAUUCGAAGAAGUUGUACGACUGAGGGAAAAUAUUCUGGAAACUAAAUGGGCAGCCCUUAAUCCAGGAUCUGGUUUCAAAAAGAAAACUCUGCCGAAAAUCCCCAUGGUAUUGGCGGGAAAUAAAUGCGACAAAGAUCAAAGAACCGUUCAACUGGACGAAGUUAUGGGCUACAUUGCUGGCCAGGACAACUGCUGUGUCUUUGUGGAAUGUUCGGCCAAACAGAAUUUUCGCAUUGACGAUUUAUUCUAUGCUCUUUUCACCGCCUCUAAUUUACCUUUGGAAAUGGCUCCCAAUCAUCAUAGACGUGUGGUUACGGUAUUUGGGGCGCCCUCACCACUGCCGCCGCACUCCUCGGCGGGGGGUACUAAGAAGAAUGCUCUCUCCAUUAAGAGGCGCUUCAGUGAUGCCUGUGGCGUGGUAACCCCAAAUGCGCGGCGACCCAGCAUAAGGACAGACUUGAAUUUAAUGCGUUCCAAAACAAUGGCCAUGAAUGAAGGCGAAAGUUCAGUGGCACGUAAAAAGUGUAUAAUUAUGUAAGAUGGGUUACCAAACAAACAAAAAAAAACUAACGCCUGGAUUAUAUUGAAGCCAAGAAAACCAAAAACAAGAAAAUAUGUUACACCAAACAUAAGACAUUUCAUAUUGUGAUAGUAGUUGAAAGAUUAUACAUAUAUAUAUAAAGCGGACAUACUUACACACACACAGACACUAACUUGUAACAACAACAAAAGGAAGCAUCCAACAUUUAAAAUGGAAAGUUUAUGUAGUUUUAUUAUAUACAAAACAUAAAAACAAAACAACAAGCAUACAAAAAAUAUAGACAAAAUUAUUGUUAUUUUUUUAUGGCAUUAAGAGUUAA